CUCGAUUUCCAACCCCUUUGUGACGGGACCCAUAGCGGAGGGCAAGGCACGCAAAGAGAGGAACAGAGAAUCAUCUCUCUCUCACUUUCGAUACCCCUCUGUUUCCUUCUGCCCUCUUUUCUUCUCCUUUCUUUUCAUCUUUGGAAAAAUUGGAUUUUUCUUUUUUUUUGAAAAGGCCAGUGCCUUAUUGGCCGAAUCCUUUAUUCCUCCCCACUUUCCUUGCAUUCUUCUUCGCCUAUUCGUCUGUACUUUUAUGGCGGGAAGGAGGUUCGAAUAGACGGGGAAUUAGCGGAGGAUUCUGGGAAUCCGAGAGGUGCGUGGGGUUUCUCUCUUGGACUUGGAGAUGGGUGCGAGCGCGAACCUGUCGGGCAAUCAGGAUGGGUCCCAUGGGGGCCCCUCUUCCAUGCAAGGCGGCGGCGGCGGAGGAGGAGGAGGAGGAGGAGGAGGAGGAGCUGUCGCGAACCCUAGCAACGGCAGCACGGCGGCAGCGGGGGAAAAUUUGGGCACGGCGCAGGCGUUGAAGCAUAACCCGGGCUUGUCGAUGGAGUGGUCGGCGGAGGAGCAGGCCAUCUUGGAAGAAGGGCUAAGCAAAUAUGCAUCUGAAUCAACUAUAGUUCGUUAUGCAAAAAUUGCCAUGCAACUGAAGGACAAAACAGUCCGAGAUGUGGCCCUACGGUGCAGAUGGAUGACUAAAAAGGAAAGUGGAAAAAGGAGGAAAGAGGAUCAUAAUUUGUCAAGGAAAAGCAAAGAUAAAAAGGAAAGGGUUGCAGAUCCUUCAGCGAAACCAUCAGCUAACUUGGCAGUUCGCCCUGUUGUUCCUCCAUAUGCUCCACCGAUGCUUCCUGUGGAUGAAGAUGAAGUUACAUAUAAAGCAAUUGGUGGUCCAACAGGACAGCUCCUUGAACAUAAUGCACAGGUCUUCAAUCAAAUUUCUGCAAACCUUAACAGCUUUCAGAUACAGGAGAACAUCCGUCUGUUUUGCCAGACACGGGACAAUAUUCUUACAAUCUUGAAAGACUCGAGUGAUAUGCCUGAGAUAAUGAAGCAGAUGCCACCGCUUCCGGUGCAGAUAAAUGAGGAGUUGGCCAACUCUAUCCUUCCGAGGACAACCAUGCCUAUGCAAGCAUGAUAUCCGAUAUGUGGGUAAUCAUUACCUGGUUCCACAUCAGUUGCAGGAACAAAUAAGCACACCAGCCUGAUUUGGUCCUUUUUCAUUUUUCCUAGUAGUAAAUUAUCAGCUUACCCCUUCCCUAUGUUUAUUCUGUCCCAGUUGAUCAUAAUAUAUGUUCUUUGUACAAAUCCUGUGCAGUAUGAGGUAUGUAACCUUAGUGUUGUUCGGGGCAUAUAUGUUAGAUGCUUUUGUAACAAAUGUUCGUUGAACUGAUUGAUAGAAAUAACUUUAAUCUGUUUAUAAUUCCAUCUGUUUA